AUGACCGGACGUGAAUGCCUUCGGCGGUUGUCCACUUUACGGUUCAAAUAUGGUAAGACGCCACGGAAACUGGUUGGAGACAAAAGACCACCACCUACACCAACGGUUGGGCCAUGGAAGAAACAUAGUAUUUUCUUCCAAUUGCCGUAUUGGGAACAUCUUGUCCUUCGACACUGCCUUGAUGUCAUGCACAUUGAAAAAAAUGUAACUGAAAGUUUGGUUGCAACGCUGCUGGGUAUUGUUGGGAAAAGCAAGGAUAACAUGAAUGCAAGGUUGGACUUGGAAUUGAUGGGCAUGAAACCGGAGUUGCAGAUCAAAUUUGUCAAUGGAAAGCCAAUGAUGCCUCUCGGUGCAUAUACUAUGAAAACAUUAGAGAAGGAAUUGUUUUGCAAGGUCUUAGCCUCAAUAAAAGUGCCUGACAAUUACUCGUCCAAUAUUUCACGUGUUGUGCAUGUAAGGGAAAAGAUCAUAAGGGGACUUAAAAGUCAUGAUUGGCACGUUUUAAUGCAGCAGUUCCUUCCAAUUGCCAUACGCAAAAGCCUCCCAUCUGGGACUGCACAGAUAGUAUUAGAACUAAGUGCAUUCUUCAGACAUUUGUGUACUAAAAAAGGGUCAGUGGAAGGCUUUCGCAAACUUACACCCAAAAUAGUGAUGAUCCUAUGCCAAUUGGAAAGGAUAUUACCCCCUGCGUUCUUUGUCGUCAGUCUUCACCUCACAAUACAUCUUGCCGAGGAAGCUGCACUUGCAGGUCCGGUGCACUACAGAUGGAUGUACCCAAUUGAGAGGUUCCUGCUUACGUUGAAGAAGUAUGUUCGAAAUAAAAAUCGACCAGAGGGAAGCAUGACCCAAGGAUAUCUGGCUGAGGAGUGCUUGUCUUUUUGUGUGAUGUACUUGGAAGGCGUGGAGACACGUUUGAACCGUCCAAGCCGAAAUGCAGAUAUAUUACGGCCUGACCAUGAGGGCGACUUUGACAUAUUUUGUGCCACCGGCCAUUCACUUGGUAUACGGGAAGAUUAUCAUCUUGACAACCACGAUUGGGAGAUUGCACGAUCUUCAAUGGCACCAACUUCUGAAACUCUACUGUUGGUUCUACAGAGUGACAUUGACUUUAUUUUCACCUACAGAAGUUACGUGGAAAAUGCUCAAAAAACUCGAGGAAGGCGUGUAACCAUGCUAGAAGCAGAGAAAGAAGCUAUUAAAUCCUUCCCAGAUUGGUUCGAAAACCAUGUUAAUCAAUUGCAACAAUCAGGUGAUCCAAGUGCAACUGACGACUUGGUGGCGCUUGCUAAUGGACCUAGUAAGUGGUCUGAUGUUCCAAGUUAUGCUGGCCCACGUGACCGGAACCCUGUUACCAGUUUGGUAGACUACUAUGGGGUUCUGACUGAUGUAUUUGAAAUCAAGUACCAUAUGGAACGCACGGUGGUUUUAUUCAAGUGCAACUGGUUUAAUGGCACUUCCAGAAAUACUGGUCAUUCAAAAAAAACGAUGAGGUCUGUUUUGAUCAACGAUUUGUAUUCUGAGAUUCAUCGACUCAAGCAAGAGGUAUAUGCUGCCACAGAGAAGAAUGGAAUAUAUAUACCACGACAUCGUUAUGUUAGUGAAGAAGCAGAGAAGAAGGCAAUGUCUGAAAAGAUAGAGCGGAUGAAACUUGAUUAUGAUUCAAAACACAAGAAAAAGCUUGAGGAAACUGGACAUGCACUGUAUGGUCUUGAGGACAAGCAUUUGAAGCAAAUGCGUCCAUCAAAGAGCAGGAAUUUGUGA